GGCCCAUUUCCGGCCGUGAUGUCAUGCGGCGUGCGUCAUCGUGUGCCGCCUGUUGUGGUGGAGGGGAUUAUCGUGGUGGAGUCGGGGAGGGAGGGAGUGGAGGAAGGAAUGAGGGAGGGAGAGAAGGUGGUGAUCGCCGGCAGGCCUGCUGUGAUUCCUGACCGAUUCUGAGCGAAGCCGCUUCCCGCAAGCUUGUAAGCGGGCAGGUUCCCUGCCCCCCUCCCACUGCCACACACACCAGCCCGGGUCGGCGGAUUGUGUGGAGCUGGGACCGGGCUGCAGGAGGAGAAAGUUUGUGAGGAGGGAUCGGUCGGGGUGGUCGAGCAGGCCGCGCACUCCGCAGCUUCACCCUUCCACUCCUCCUCAUUUAUUUUUCGCAGCGGACGGAAGAAGACGACGAAAUCCCGGUUAAAUGCGGUUCGCGUCCAAAAUGAUGCCAAUGUUUCUCACAGUGUACCUGAGCAACAGUGACCAACAUUAUACAGAGGUACCAAUCACUCCGGAGACCACAUGUCGAGAUGUUGUUGGAUACUGCAAAGAGCCAGGAGAGACAGACUGUCAUUUGGCUGAGCGCUGGCAUGGUGGUGAGCGUGCCAUAUCAGACAAUGAGCGUAUAUAUGAUAUUCUGCAACAAUGGGGAGCACAGAGAAAUGAAGUUUGUUUCUACUUGCGCCACGAGCGUCCACCAAGCACAAUUAGGGAUACAGGUUGUUUGAGACUCCAGGAUCCAACGUCAAAGAGAAACCGAGUGCAGGGUACUACAGAAAGACGAAUGGAAAAUGGAGUUAGUGGGCCACGCAUGGAUAUGACGCUUGCUGAACUGCAGGAAAUGGCAACUCGGCAACAACAACAGAUUGAUUCCCAACAGCAACUGUUGGCAACGAAGGAGCAGCAUCUGAGAUACCUGAAGCAGCAGGACCACCGUGACCAACAAUUAGCAGAACAGGAGAAGCUGAAAAAACUUCGUGAGAUUGCAGAAAGUCAGGAGGCCAAAUUGAAGAACGUACGGACACUUAAAGGACAGGUGGAACAAAACCGACUAAGCAAUGGGAGGCUGGUUGAGGAGAUUGAACAAAUGAACAGUCUCUUCCAACAAAAGCAGAGAGAGUUGGUAAUUGCUAUUGCAAAAGUGGAAGAGCUAACCAGUCAACUGGACAUGUUGAAAAGUGGAAAGAUUGAUGGUUACCAUGACAACCAAUCUGCUGUAGCUGAGCUUGAUAGGCUCUAUAAAGAAUUACAGUUAAGGAAUAAAUUGAACCAGGAGCAGAAUGCAAAGCUUCAGCAUCAAAGGGAGACCCUAAACAAGCGUAACUCUGAAGUUGCAUCAAUGGACAGACGUAUUGGGGAUCUGCGUGAGCGACUGUGGAAAAAGAAGGCCGCUUUACAACAAAAAGAGAAUGUACCAGUUUCGUCUGACAAGAAUAUUCCGCAACAAGUGGUGUCUUCUGCACCCAGCCGCGUGGCUGCAGUUGGACCCUAUAUCCAGUCAUCCACCUUGCCCCGUGCCCCACAAAAACUUGAGCUCCUAGUAAAGCCAGCCUUUCCUAAUGGAUCGUCUACUCUACCCAGUGUGCAAACACAUGCUGUUUCAGUGAAUGCCCAGACUCCCGUGAAAUCUGGUAUCCCUUCAGUGAAAGCUCCUGUUGCUGGCAUUGUGACUCAGGCGCAUUUGCAGACGCCACCUCAGUCUGGUCCCGAAAGGAAUGAAUCAAGUUUUGGCAUUCCUGUUCAUCAGCCUUCAACAACAGCUUCCUUGAAUGUUAGUACUUCAAACCUGGCCAGAGGUGCAGCAGUACCCAAUCCAGGUCAAGUUGGUGAUGGUGACGUUGUGAUGAGAGACAAGAAUGAUAAGAGAGUGCGUUGUUUCUCUAUGUUUGAAUCUAUGGAUCCGUCUGCAGUAAUUCCAUCUUCUGGAACACUAAGGAAAAACCAGAGCAGUGAGGACCUUCUGCAGGAAAUUCAGACUGGUAGCAAGAAUGUGGUUAAAGUACCACCCCCUGUUCCUACCAAACCCAAACAGAUCUCCUUGCCCUUUUUUGGACCAUCUGGCGUAGCUACUGCAGCAGAGAAUAAAACUGAAUACAACCCACAGAAGUUACCUGGGACUGUAGGCAUUACAGCCAAUAAACUGAAGCCAACCCAAACUACAGGACCACAACAAAUGCAACAUUGUGCCUCAAAUGCACAACUUCAGCCAUCUCCAGAGGCACCUCCUGCAGCUACAGUUCGGCCUUUUACCCCACAACCAUCUAAAGAACCUCCAUCCCAGCCCCUGAGAAAACCAGAGACAGUGGCUGCCAGCUCUAUCUAUACAAUGUAUACCCAGCAACAAGCACCAGGCAAAAACUUCCAGCAGGCUGUUCAGAGUGCCCUGACCAAAGUGCAAACACGACCUCAGUUCACAAGUGUAUAUGGCAAACCAGUGGUUCCUGGACCUUCACAGAAUUAUGUAAGCAAUCAGUCUCAAGCAGACCAGGAAAUGAAUACUCUGUAUUCAAAGAGCCAAGAUAAACCAGAUUGCCCUGAAUCAGAGACUGAUAAUGCUGCAAAUCUUGGAGACCACUCGGAGACUGAGCGCAUUCCACGACCACUGAGCCCCACAAAGCUGCUUCCUUUUAUGUACAAUCCAUAUCGAAAUCAGAGUGAUGCUGAUUUGGAGGCAUUAAGGAAAAAACUGUCCAAUGCACCUAGGCCACUGAAGAAGCGAAGCUCUAUUACAGAGCCCGAGGGACCGAAUGGACCCAAUAUUCAAAAGCUGCUAUACCAGCGUACCACACUGGCUGCUAUGGAAACGGCGAGUCCAAUGCCAUUCUAUCAACCAAAGCAACCUGCUUUUUCAUCAGCAGAAGAGAAUACCAUCACUGAAAGCAGAGAUGUCAGUGCUAAACUAGAGGAUGAGACUACAGCAUCAACAGAUGAAACUCCAGAUCAGUCAGAAACAGGUGUCAAAAAGGAGACAGAGGCAUCAGGUGCUGAAGAACUUGUGAGAACUUCUCCAGGUAGCUCAGCUCCUGUUCUGGAGGGACAGCUAGCAGUUCCUACUCUUCUACCUGCUGUGGAAGAGCAACCGAAUCGGGAGAGCCCACUCUCACCGCAGGAAUUAGCAGAAGAAUAUCCUCCUUACCCACCACCUCCUUAUCCUGUUACUGGUGAUCAUGAGACUAUGGGUGAUGAUAGCUUUAAUAUGCGGCCACCUGAGAUUACUGGACAUACUGUCCUACCACCUGGAAAGAGAACAAAUCUGAAAAAGUUGGGAUCAGAGCGAAUAGGUCAUGGUAUGAGAGUGAAGUUCAAUCCUCUAGCCCUACUACUUGAUUCUUCUCUGGAAGGUGAAUUUGAUUUAGUCCAGCGUAUCAUCUAUGAGGUGGAGGACCCCAGCCAACCAAAUGAUGAAGGAAUAACCGCACUGCAUAAUGCUGUGUGUGCUGGCCAUACCGAAAUUGUGAAGUUCUUAGUACAGUUUGGAGUAAAUGUUAAUGCAGCAGAUAGUGAUGGAUGGACUCCCUUGCAUUGUGCAGCCUCCUGUAAUAAUGUGCAAGUUUGCAAGUUCCUAGUUGAAUCUGGGGCAGCAGUGUUUGCUACAACCUACAGUGACUUGCAGACUGCUGCUGAUAAAUGUGAGGAGAUGGAGGAGGGUUACAUCCAAUGCUCACAAUUUCUGUACGGUGUGCAAGAGAAGAUGGGUAUAAUGAACAGAGGCAUAGUAUAUGCGCUUUGGGAUUAUGAAUCCCAAACUGAAGAUGAAUUAUCCUUUAAGGAAGGUGACUGUAUGUCAGUCAUCCGACGAGAAGAUGAGGAUGAAAUUGAAUGGUGGUGGGCACGGCUAAAUGAAGGUGAAGGAUAUGUAGCUCGCAACUUGCUUGGGCUUUAUCCAAGAAUUAAACCAAGACAGCGAAGUCUGGCAUAAAGUAAAUACCAGAAAACAUUACAGAUAAAGACUAUAAGCCUUCAUACAUUUUUAAGGUAGCUGUAGCAAUCUGGAUCCAACAGAAUGUUUGCAAUAAAAUGAUGAUCUCCAGACUUAAAUGAAGGAAAAUUCAAUUUACACAAAGGAUGCUUCUGUGAUGAAGUUAGAUAUUUUUGUUCAGUGUUAAUGAUCACCGAAUACAGAUGGUGAACAAAGUUUCUUUUGAAAAGAAUGUGUAUUUUGAUGGACAAUAAUAUAGAUUUAGAAUAUCUUAAAGGCCUUGUGUAGAUAGAGCACAGAUGAUUUGGAAAAAAAAAUCUUGACUGACUUUGUUUCCCCUCCAUCACAAUUUUUUAAAUUAAAGUAUUUGUUACUGCAUUUGUUAUUUGUGGAGGAUACUAUCCAGGAACUGUCAAGUCUUUUGCUGGAAUCAAUAAUAAAAUAAUUUCUCUUUUACUAGAAAGCUUUUGAAGAAAUUAAAAUGGGAUGCUUAGUCAGUAAAGAUUUUGAUAGUUUAAAUAGUUCCAGGCAGCAUUACAGAAAGUCGAUGCCUACGUUUUUAGCUGUUUCUAGUUUCCAAACAUUUUUAUCUUGAUAUUUUACUCUUGAAUAUGAUGUAUUGCAAAUUCCAAAACAUGCAGCUAUGAUUUGGAGGGUUAGUUCAAAAAAAAAUUAAAACUUAUUUUUGAUACUUCCCCUGAUAAUCUUUCAGAGGCCAAACAUAAAACAGAAUUAUUUUUGAGGAUGAUUCUGAUUUGUUCCUUUUAACUCUGUUUCUAGCACAGGCUACAAUAAAUCUCCUUCCAUGAAUGAAGAAUUUCAUUUUUUUUAUCUUAUUUAACAAUGGUAAUUGCAAAAGUAAUAUUUUGUAUUUCUCAAUACCCCAAUAUAGGAUUAAUAUUAAAUGCAGUCUUUUGCAAUAUGAUGACUUAUAAUAAUUUAGUAUCACGGUUUUAAAUUCUUUUCCAGAUUUCUUCUGUCCCUGAACAAAUAGUUAAGUAUCUUCUUAGUGUGGUCUAAAACUAUUAGCAUUUUAUGUAUUAAUGUGGUUAAGAAUUAAUUACUAAGCAUUUAGCAACAUCUAUUUUGUUAUUGGGAGUUUAAUUCCUUAUAUAGAUAUGAAAACUUUAUGAUGGAAACACUCAGGCCACUGUGGUUUGGACAACUUUUGUUACCUCAUUUUCAAGAGGUCUGAGUAAAGUCUGAUUAAACCUGUUUGUUUCAUGUUUCUGCAAGACAUAUUAAAUCUUGUGUGGAUGAAAACUGCAUUGCCCCAUACUUCUGAACUACUCUAGAGUGAUCCAUUGAUUAGUGUGUCACCUCCUGCCUUUACCUAAUAGUAAAUAAUUGAGCUUCAGAAUCAAGCAUGUUGGUUGUUAUCUUCCUGGGGUUCUGCCAGCUACGCCUGGAAAAAAAACCUGUGGAUUUUAUAAUUUUUUAACUUUUUUUUUAAAAAUGAACAAAAAUGAAGCACUGGCUUGCAAGGAACAGCUAAAUAAGAUAAAAAUACAUGGUUGAUUUGUAUCUCAACUCCAACUGUCUACCUGGAGUACAAAUUUUACCCAUCAAAAAUCUAUCAUUCUCAGCUUUAAAGCUUUAUAAUUGGUCUUGGCUCAACUCAUUUUUGGUGGAAGAGUGUAAGAUAUUCAAGAUCCUUUUUGUGGAAAAAAUGCUUUCUGGCAUUGCUCCUAAACCAAUUUUAUGCUUUUGCCACUGUGUUCUGAUCUACAUAGGCAGAGGAAAUUUCAUGUUAUUUUCUGUCUAAUCCUAUAAUUGUUUUAAACACCCUGAGCAGGUCAUUGCAUUGUAUUCUAUAUGAAGAGAGCUCAAGUGUAGACCAUGCAGUUGGAUCUUGUAAUCCAGCUUUUUUUAAAUCUGGUAUCAUUGUGGUGAAUCCUUCCAACACUAGCAUAUCCUUUUGAGGUGCAGUACCCAGAAAUAAAUGGUCUUCCUGCUGCAGCUUAACCUUGUAGUAUAACUGCAACCCUUUUGAAAUGCAAGGCUCUUUAAGAUUAAGGGUUCAGAUUCCAUUAACCACUUUUUUUAUACAUGUAUCCACUUUUAUUUCUUUACUUUAUUAAUUCAAAGAUUUAAAUCUCAUUGCCUCCCUGUUUCCAUGCUGAUUCACUCUAGCUUUAGGAUGCUUGUUUGAUAAUAUACAUUUGCAAGAACAAAUUUUCCAAAGCUAAGCAGCCUGAAUCUAACAUAUGCUGCCUCAUGCAAGGUGAGCAACUGUAAAACUCUUAAUGUGGAUAACAUUGUUAACAUGCAAUGCAUCUUACAGGACAUACCUGCAGUAUAUAAAAAUAAUUCACUGCUGUAAUCUUCAUUAAUAUGGUAAUCAUUGCUGUUUGCAGAAACAAUCUGUUCUUUAAGCUGGAAAUCCAGCAUAAAGUUAAAGCAAGUUGGUCCUCUGGUCUCAAUCAAAGUUGAGAGACCUGUUGGCAUUUUUUUGUACGUCCACAGACAGCUUGACCAGUGAGAGGAAACAUUGUUGGCCUACCUGCUUUGCCAGCAGUGACUAUCAGAAUAAUACCUGGUAGGAAGGUAGGAAUAGUCUAUGCAGGAGCUGGCAAGGGAGAUAAUAUCAAUAGUCAGAGAGGAGGCGAGGACACUCCUGCUCCUUCUGGUCUUAUUUUCUCUGCCUCACCUUCAGUGGCUGAGGAAUCCUGACUGAGUUGUACCAGUUUCUUGCUGUGUUUAUAAAGAACACUUUUUCAAUGUUAAUGUGUUCAAAGGGGCUUAAGGUUGCCACACACAAAUCUUAACAGAUAUAGAUGCAAGACUUGAAGCCAAUGCCACUGCUAAAUUAGCAAACUUUGUCCAUUUUUAUACCUGAAAAGCAUGCAUUGUAUACUGAUUUCUCCUGCUAAAUGCUUGAAAAUGCACAACAUCUUUUUGAAUCUUAAAAGUUGCAUACAGCACUUGCACCACUCCUAUUCCAUCACCCUUGAAGCACAAACUCUUUUACUGCUAAUAAUGACUAGCUGUAAGUUGGUACUCAAUUACGGGACUUAAUUUUGUUAUGACACUUUAUUCCCCUCAGGGAGCAAAAUCAAACUAAGAGCUGUGUUUUUUCACUUUGGCAUCAGAAUCUUUUAAUUUGGAUGGUUGGUAACAUGUUUUAUUAUAUUUGGGAUUUCUUAAUGUCUUGAAAACUAGAAACAUGAACAGGAAUACAUGUUAUUAAGUUUGGACAAGAAGUUUAUCUCAAAAAUAUAUCUAUUUUAAGGAAAUUUCACAUUUUUAAUUGGAGGAUUUUUUUUCUAAGAUGUUACAUGCAGAAAGGUUGUUACUAACCACUGUCCAGUACCAAAAGCUAAUAGUACUCUGCCUAGUAAAUUUAAGAAUUGUUGUUUGAGUUGCAUUUAAAAUUCUAUGAAAUUUAAUACAGUUCACAUUUUGAAAUUGAAAUUAAUGUUUGACUGUAUAUUUUUACAAGAUUUUAAUUAUUGACUCUUAAUAUUUCAUGAAAAUUAAGAAAAGGCCAGUUUGUAUUUGAGCAUUCCAAAGAGUUACAGGUAUUGAAAACUUGGUUUUGUACACUUACCUAACUUAAUUUUAUAACAUUUAAUUGAAACAUACAGAAAAAAUAUUUUUGCAUAUGUAUGAAUUGGAAACGGCUGUAUAUUUUAAAGGCUGAAUUUCUAUGUUAUGGAUGGUAAAAUAUGCUCUGGCUUUGUGGUAUAUUUUGUUGCAUCGUUGAACAAAAGCGUGAAUUGUCUGUGGGAGUUGAGCAAGCUCUGCCACCUUUGAUUUUCGUGAACUGACAGUUUCAACUGAUUUAUUUUUAUGGUAAUGAUGCCUUUUAGAAUUGUUGUCACUUAAAAUUUUCUGGGUGCUUUUAACAUCCUUACCUAAUGACCCCAGCUGCUUUGACAUUCUUGAACUUUCCUGCAAAACCAAAAUUUACUGUGAUAAGAAGAGGGUGCAAUUGAUUGCAGAGUUGAAAAUAAGUUGUUAAUACUAUGAUAGUUUGGAAAUGCACAUUAUUGGAUGCUUGAAGAAUUGAUGGUUUUUGAAGCAAUUUUCAGAUGGGUUAAAAUAUUUGAGAAAUGCUGCUUUCCAUUCUGUGUAUUGCCCUCCAUAAAUCUUGUCUUUUCCAUUAGAGCAAUUUUAAAAAUACCAUCUCGGCAAAUAUAGUGACCUAUUUACCCCUCCAUGACUUUCUUUUUCCAAAAGUAAGAUUCUAUUAAACAAUACAAUUUAUCUGAAAUGAGAAAAUUGAUAACUUAAAGCAAGCAUGUACAUGCCUAACCAUGUAUAAUUUAAAUCAAAUUGCUUACACUGUUGGGUAAAUGGAGAAUUUGCAUAGCGUCUUUAGAGCAAUACAUGUUAGUAAAAAUUGUUUAUAUAUUCUAUAAUAUCAAGUUCUGCAAUUUUCAAACACAUUUUGCCCAUGAUUAGAAUGUCUCCUAGCAAACAAAGUUUUACAAAACCGUGAUUAAACCCUAUAGGUAUAGAUUGUGAGUGUAGCAGGAGCUGUGUGUAUUUAUUGGUACAUGUGUUGGAAAAAUACCCUGUAGAAGUUAGCAAGGACUCAAAAAUGAGUAAUGACAGAUUUCAGUCAUGUAUUCAAUUAUUAGCCAUUUACUGAAUUGUACAACUUCAGUUUUCCUACAUUAAAGCCUUUAAACCCUAAAUAUAAAAGCAGUGUUUUUUUUUCCAGUCAGAUAGAUGAAGCAAUUGUUGAAUAAAUUAAAUAAUGCAACAAAGAAAAUUUGCUUUCUCUGAAUUUUCAGCCAGAAGCUACUCUAUUUUAUUUUGUAAGUUGAUGCCUUAGGUUUUCUUAAGUACUGUUGCCAUGUCGGAAAUAAACAGGUUGGACUGUUCUUCACAAGAGAUAUGUGUGUAUUAGACCAAAAAAAAAUCAGCUGGCAGAAGAUUAGUGUGCUUAUAAUUUGCUCUGUGCUAGAGAGUUACUUGAAUCUUUUGAAUUCUUUAUUUGUGUACAAACAAAUGGAGGCACAAAGGCCCAGUCUCAGCAUCAAUUUCAAUAACUGUUAUUGUGAUGACCUUACAGUCGCAUCCGCCACUUUAACAAUACUUUAAUAGUGUGGACGGUGAUAUAAUGUGAUAGAAAUGUGUCGCCAGUCACAUCUCCUAAACAUACAAAAAAGUAGUGGCUGCCACUCCUCCAUCAAGAUUCAGUUCCAUUAACUUAAAAGUGAUUGUUGUAUUUAUUAUAGUAUUAUAGUAUUUUUGAUGCUGUUUUGGCAUGGUUUUAAGUUAUAAUUUUUAAUUUUAAAUAAUCUCAUCCUUCUGGGCUCUCCAAAUGAGGUAGGAGGAUAGUGACAAUGCACUGGCAAUAUUUUUUGAAUUUUGCACCUCCCAUUAUUUUCUUCUCGUUUUGAAAUGUCUAAGAGUAUAUAAAAGGUAAAAUUAGACUUUUCACAAUACUAUGAUGGACCUGGGAACAGUCUGGAAAGUUCUGUAAAUUUUGACUGAAUCAGUAAUGUAAAAAAAAUGCACAUUAUGUAUCAAAUGCCAAGUGCGAUGAUAGCUUUAUACUCUUGUACAUUAUAAGAGUGCAGCUGGAAGUGAAAUGUACAAAAUGCAUUUAUUAUGGCAAGACUAUAAACCUGAUUGAGAAUAUUGCAUUGAGUGAAGGACAAAGUACGAUAUUGUGUUUGGAGAAAGAGGAAGUUAGUGAGUUUGGGAUUAACAGGUCUGACGUUAAUAGUCGAGCAGAAGAUGCUGUGAAAGUCGGCAUCCCAUACUUGCAGACACAAGUGGGAAAACCCUUUGGAUGACAAAUGCAAUUCAAAAGUAAGUUCAAGCUUGAUGAGCAAGUAUCACAGACAAGCAAGACAAUGAAAGGAGUCUUGCAGGCAAUAAAUGUGCACUGCAUCCAGGAGUAAAAUCAAGUUGCUGUGAGAUCUCCUGUCGCACAACUUAUAGUAAAUUCAAGAAUACAUUGCUUUCCAAUGUAAGUGUUUAAGGCAAUUCAGAAUAAUACCAGGGCUGUUAAUUUGCAAUUAUUAAAUUGAAUUCUAUUCUAAAUGGCAUUUUAGUGCUUUAGAAAGUGGUGUAAUAACUUCAUUUUUCUAUCAAAAUUGUAAGAGUAGCCUUAAUUUGAGAGAGAAAGUCUAUUAUUAGUGCCAUUUUUAAAGUAGAAAUAGAACAGAAUAUGCAGUUCUUAACAGCCACAAAGUUGUUAACUCAAUUGUAUUUUACUUAAAAUUUGUAAAUAGUUGUUUUCGUACAUUAUGCUUCAGGUACUUCAUUUAUAACCUCAAUGUUUCAUUGUCAGCGGUACUGUAUAUAUGCAAAUGAUCUUUCUCCCUUUUGGAAAUGUCAGACUGAGGAAGUAAAUUAGCAUUUGAGCACUGUAAUUUGAACUACACAGAGCCACACUUGCAGUUUGGGCUAUUAUUUGGUGGCUUAGAAUCGCAUAUGUAAAAUCAAACUGCAGGCACGAAACUGGAGGGGGCCAAUGCCUUAAGCAGAAUGCUGAAAGAACUCAGUGGGUCAAGCAGCAUCUGUGGAGGCAAAAGACGCAAGUUGAUGUUUUGUAUUGAACAUAGUAAGCCCAGUAGGCAGAACAAGCGGGUAAGUGCAUAUCAGGGGAAUUCAAAGUUAAGUUGCCUCAAUUUUGACGCAAGGCGUCUUAACUGAUAAGGUAGAUGAGCUCAAAACUGUAAUUGAGACAGGGAAAUACAAUAAUGUUGCCAUCACUGAGACUUGAUUGAAGGAGGGGUAGGACUCAAUAUAUAGGGGUAUAAAAUAUUCAGGCGAGACGGGGGGAAGUAAAACUAAUGGUGGUAUUGCACUGUUAGUCAAUGACUGCAUUACUUCAGUAUUGAGGGAAUAUCCUAGAAGCCUCCUCAAACAAGGCUAUAUGGAUAGAGAUUAGGAAUGAAAAGGUAUUGUAACUUUGCGAUGAGUGUAUUGCAGACCUCCCACCAUCAACAUGAUGUUGAGGAGCAGAUAUUAGAGAGGUGCAAUAAAAAUAGGUUCAUAGCACCAGCUUUGCCUACCAGCCUCCAUCCCAUCUCCCUUCACACUGCUAUAUACUGGCAAUCUUUCCUGUUCCGCCUCGAUCCUAAUGCAGGGUAUCGACCUAAAAAUGUUGACUUGCACCUUUUGGCUCUGCAGAUGCUUCUUGACCUGCUGUGUUCUUUCAGCAUUCUGUUUUUUUUUGUUCUAGAUUCCAGCAUCUGCAAUCUCUUUUGUCCUUGAAGCCAAUACCCUGAUGCCUACUGUUUUAGCUGUUAGCCUUCAGUUGCAUCAUGGCAGCCACCAGCUCAUCAAGAAUGCAGUUCGUGGUGUCUGUUGUAAAGUAUGCAAUCAUGUAGGCUGGCAGCUGGGCCUAUACCCCUCUUAGUGGGUUCUGGGGUACAGAAGUCCAGUAUUUCCAUGUGCUUGUAGCAGGCGCCCCACUCAUUUGGCUGUUAAACUGCAUUUGAAGCUUACCUUGCUGCUCAAGCUCAUGCAGGUAAUCUUUAGCAUGGGCAGAUCAUUGAAUAACCCACAGAAAACAGACAUAGUGGGUCAUUUUCAAGUUAGCAAACAGUAACUAGCAGCUUGGUACAGAAAUAGAUUUUCAUUAAUGAUUUAUAGGAGUGGUGUGUAUUGUAGAUAAGUAUGCUGGUGAGAUGGAUAGGAGGGCGAGUCUUCAAAAGGAUAUAGAGAUUAAAUGUGAGGGGGAAAAAGUUAACAGGUGGGGUGUGAUGAGAGAUCAAGUUAUCGAUUUUCUAAGGUCGAAUAGAAAAGCUAAAUGUUGUUUAAAUGAUGAGAGCAUGCAGAAUGUUGUUGUACAGAGGAGCCUUGUGCCAUUGUUCAUGAAACAAAUAUUGCUGGUCUUUAAUGAAUUACCAAAGUAGGGAACUCUUUCCACAAUUGCACAAGGUGUUAAUGACACUACACCUGGAGUACUGCAUGUGGUUUUGGUCUUAGUUUAAGUAGGAAUGCACUUAGAUUUGAGGCAGUUCAUGUAAGAACUUGGAUGAAAGGUGGUCUUAUGAGGAAAGCUUGAAGGGAUUUGGGCCUAUGCUCAAUUUAGAAUAAGAGGUAACCUUAUUGAAGCACAACUCUGAGAGGGCUUGACAUGGCAAAUGUUGAGAGGAACAUGGUUUCACUGUAAGGGAUGGACAUUCAAGAUGAGCAGGAAUUUCUGCUGAGGGUUGUGACCCUGGAAAUUCCAAUUCCAGAGAAUGGUAGAAGCCGAGUUACAGGAUAUAUUCAAGAUCAAGAGUGGAGCUGAGGCCAGGAUUUCCUUGGGCAGCAGAGAAUAUUUAAGUGGCCAUUAGGUAGCCAAACUAUUUCUCCUGUUCUUAACGUAAUUAGGCUUCUGAUGAACUGCUCACGGGUUGGGAAUGGAGGAGGAGUAGGAUGGUAUAUUCACUGUGUAUAAAUAACAAAUUGGUUCCAUUCAUAAUCUGUAUCAGUGAUUUGGCUGAAGGGACCAAAUGUCAUACAUUCAAGUUUGCUGACAUUGCUAAACUAGGUGGGAUUGUGAAUACAGAGGAUGUGAAGAAGCAAGCUUUGGAGGCUAUGGCCAAAAUGAAUGACUGGGUAGAAUGUGGCAGAUGGAAUAUGGCAAAAUGUGAGGGUUCAUCUGUUUUAGUCUUCUGUAAUGUAUACUAAAAUAUUUGUUGAAUGGUCCUCUUGAUGUUCAAAGGGACCUGUGAAUGCUUGUACAUAAAAGCAUACUAAGGGCCAACAUGCAGGUGCAACAGGUGAUUAGAAGGACAAAUUGGUAUGUUAGCUUUUGACACAAGGAAUUGAUUACAAGAGUGGGAAGUCUAAUUACAAUUGACUAGUGACUUGGUGAGACUGUAUUUGGAGUAUUAUGUACAGUUUUAAGAAAGGACAUACUUGCCAUAUGAUCUCAGAAUAAGAAUUAGGCCUCUAGGACUGGGAUGAGGAGAAAUUUCUUCACUUGGAGGACAAGGAAUAUUUAGAUCUCUGAGCCUCCACACACUCUAGGGUGGUCUCUAAGUUUGGUCAAAAAAUAAAGAUAAAUAAAGAUAGCUAGAUUUCUGGAUAUGGGUGUAGGCUGUGUAAUGGAGUUGAGGUGGAAAAUCAUUGGCACAGCAGCUUGGAGAAGCAGAUGGCCUCCUCCUGCAAUGUGAACAGAAUUUCUGUCCUAUUCCUAUGAGAUAGUUUAAAUUAUAGAUUUUUUUUUAAAAAUCUACCUGG